AAUACCGGUACCAAACUUCCAGCCCUAGAUACUUCCAUGGAGCUUAAAAUGUAUUUGACUGGGAGAUUGGUGAGAACGACUACCUCAUGAGCCUGGAAGUACGGGUUUAGCUUUUACGAUGCAUUCACGAGUUCUAGAGCAAAUUGCUUGAUUGGCAGGUAGCACGUCUCUAGGCAUAAUAAUGUUCGUGAUGUGUAAUAUAUGGGUCUUUAACUGUUGUCAUGUUUGGAGACAAGGACUGCCCUCAACUCUCACACUGACACAUCUAUGUAUAGAAACUAUUUUCAUUGUAUUUCGACGUAACUAGGACUAGAGGUGAUACAAGGUGAGAUUUCAAUUCCUCGAACGCAGCACCAUAGGUGGCGUUCCACUAGAAUUUGACUCUUUUUAAGAGUUUGGAAAAACGAAGCACAUUUUUCUGUUGCUCGUUGAAUGAAUCUUCCAAGCGCUGUUAUCUUUCUUGCGGCGCUUGCACUUCAAACAUGUUUUAGGAGACACAGAGCUUUUGCACGAUAUUGAUAUGCUUCGGAUCUCCUUUUAUCCCUAUCUGGGUUAUCAUGAAACCCAAUAACCUUCUUGCCUCUGUGAUGAACACAGACUUUAACAGAUUUAGCCGCAAGUUGUUCUUGCACAACUCCUCUAGUGUCUCGCGAAGAUCCUCGACAUGGGAGUGUCCUUCUUUGGUCUUGACAAUGUGGUCAUCGGCGUAUGCUUCAUGUUCCUCCCUAUUGGCGUCUCGAAGAAAGAGUCGGUGAGUCGUUGAUAAAUGGCGCCAGUGUUUUUCAAGCAAAAAGGCAUGCCUAGAAAGCAGAAAUUCCUGAAUGGCAUCAUGAACGUCAUUUUUGCGGCUCAUUGGUAUUUGUUGCUAUCCAUAAAACAUAUCUAGAAAUGAAAAAGUUGUGUGAUUUGAAGUGGCAUCCGCUAGUUGGUCCAUCCUCAUGAGAGGGUAUGGGUGGAUGGGGUAAACAUUGUUCAGCAUUGUGUAGUCAACGCACAUGCUCCUAGUGCCCUCUUAACUAAAAAGAUGAUGGAUAGCUACUUCGGGUAAUUUACUUCCCGAAUUAGCUCGCGACAAGGAGCCGAGAGACCCAAGCCCAAUUACAACCCACCCAAACCCUAUCUACCCCAUUGUCCCUAUGGAACCCCGCCGCCGCUGGCAGAAACCUUGGCUGCCGCUCCCACCAGCACACCAACGCCGCCACCAAGACCUCAGAAGAAAGGAAAUGGGACGAAGAGAACCUCCACCCCGAAUCCUCCCCGAGCCGAUCGAUGAUGGAAACACGGCGACGCACCACCCAAACGCACACCAUCAAAAAAUCGGUCGGCCGACGACCAUUCUAGAGGGAAGAAACUUCGGUCUUCAAAGCUCUCCAGCCGAGUCCAAGCCAAGAGGCACAUCUCCGAAACAUCAAGACCUGCAUGAUGAAGCAAGGAGGUAGACAACAUAAAGGAAGAGGAGAAAACCAGCUAGAUCAAAAGAAAUCUAGCCUCCUUUGCUCUUAGAUCCGAAACAUCUCCAAAUCUGAAGACAGAUCAGAGGCCAAAGACCUCGAACCACACCAGGGGAGGGAGGAGGCCCAGCGGAGGGCAGGAACAAGCACUGAUCGGAGCAGAGAAGUCAAUACAAAGCUGGAAACAGGAAAAAAAAAACAGAUCUACCCAUAAAGACAGUAAAAACACAAGGAGAAACGAGGCUAGACGAUAACUGAGAUGGAGAGAAGAGAGAACAAAGAAACAAAAUGAAAAAUGGGGGCGGAGGGCUGCCGCCGGCCGCCGGAGAAGCGCCGGGUAGGGAUGGCAAAAAUAUCCGUAACCGUGGAUAUCCACCCGAAUCCGGCCUAAUCGGGUAGGAUAAAACCCGAACCCGAAAGACAUUUAGUGGGUACGGGUAAAACCCGAACCCGAAUAUUGUGGGUAGUGGGUGGGCAUGGAUUUCUCACUAUCCAACCCGAACCUGCCCGAUUAUACAAAUGCAUAUGUAUUUUCUCUAGAUAUAAUCAUUAUUUUUCUCUAACUUAUUUUAUAUUUAGCAUAUAAGUAUAAUAUUUUCAUGAAAUUGUGUUGUUUUAAUUAAUUUUCUUCAUUCUAGUGAAUUCUUGUCGUACUUUUCCUCUUACGUAAUGUGAGAAUUCGUGUGAAUGUUAACAUAUUGGUUGAAGUUAUGAAGAGAAAUGAUUACCCAUGGAUAACCGUGGAUACCCGAAACCCGAACGGGUAUGGGCAUGGUUUUGAUUUUCUACCAAUUUCACAUGUGAGUAUGGGUAUGGGUAAAACCUGAACUACUUUGGGUAGGGUAACGGAUAUGCACUAUCCGCCCCCGACCCGACCCAUUGCCAUCCCUAGCGCCGGGGCAGCCCCCACAACUGCCUGGAAGUGAGCCUUUUGUUAAGAGAGAAGGCAGAGAGAAAAAAAAGGAGAGAGAAGGCUUCGGCCAAAAUAGGGCGCUAUAAUCGAGUUGGCUCUCUUGCCACAAUGUUGAGAGUCGAGACAUCUCAUUAACUCUAAACGAUCCAGCUCACGAGUUGAGCUCAACAAACCACCGAGUCGAGCUAGCUCUCGAGCUCCGCGAACUGCAGAAGGUUUAGCUCAAGCUCGGCCCGUUAAUAAACGAGUCGAGUUUCGAACAAGUUUUUCUCGAGUUGAACGCCUAGACGCUCGCGAGCAGCUCGGCUCAUUUGCAACCCUAGUAUUUUGUCUAGAAAUAAUCGUUAUUUUUCUCCAACAUAUUUUGUAUUAAGCAUAUAAAUAUAGUAUUUUUAUGAAAUUGUGUUGUUUUAAUUAUUUUUCUGUAUUCAAGUGCAUUAUUGUCGUACAUUUCCUCUUAUGUAACGUGAGAAUACGAGUAAAUGUUAACAUAUUAGUGGAAGUUAUAAAGAGAAAUUAUUACCUAUUAAUAACCGUGAAUAUUCGAAACUCGAACGGAUAUGAACAUAAUUUUAAAUUUUCACCCAUUUCUAAUGUAAGUAUGAAUAUGAAUAAAACUCAAACCUUUUUAAUUAGGUUAACGAAUAUGUACUAUCCGCCCAACCGAUCUAUCCCAUUGCCAUCACUACUUUCCUUAACCAUAUUCCCUAGCGUCCAUUUCACGCCAGUCUAGAAAAAAAAAUAUCACUUGAAAACGCUUGUCCGUUUGGUUGGUGGCGGCGGGACCUCGUCUAUUGGGCUGCACCGAAGCCCAAUGCCAAGUGAUAAACGCGGACCAGAUAAAACGAAUGGUGGGAC